UUGAAGUUUUUUAGCAUACUUUCGCAAGAUCGCGACCGCACAGUUGCACCUUUGCGAAGCUGGCGAGCUCAUACCUUGUCUGUCAAAGGUCUAUCUGUCAGCUGUGGAUCAAAUCCACGUGUUGCUAGUUGUGGCCUUGAUCAUCUUGCUUUGGUGCACUCAGUCUCGCUUGAUGACGUUCUGUUGAAAGUAUCUGCCGAUCGGCCUCUUACUGCUUGUGUACUGGAUGCAGCUGAGUCGAGAUUAUUCUUAGGUUCGGACACUGGAAAUAUAGCUCAAAUAAACUUAUAUGCACUGGUAAGCUAA